GUUUGGUGGGUGGGGGUAGCUCCGGAAGCCUCAAGCCGGAGGGGAGAUGGGGAGGCGACCGUGCUGCGACAAGCUCGGGGUGAAGAAGGGGCCGUGGUCGGCGGAGGAGGACAAGAAGCUCAUCAGCUUCAUCCUCACCAAUGGCCAUUGCUGCUGGCGCGCCGUCCCAAAGCUCGCGGGCCUGCUGCGGUGCGGCAAGAGCUGCCGGCUUCGGUGGACCAACUACCUGCGCCCCGACCUCAAACGAGGUCUGCUCAGCCCCGCCGAUGAGCAGCUGGUCAUCGAUCUCCAUGCUCGCUUGGGGAAUAGGUGGUCAAAGAUUGCAGCAAUGUUACCAGGAAGAACAGACAACGAAAUCAAGAACCUGUGGAACACACACAUCAAGAAGAAACUUGUUAAGAUGGGCGUCGAUCCAGUCACUCAUAAGCCACUCGACAGGAAAGCGAACUCCGUCUCCUCACAGUCCACUGCGACGACGGAAUCGAAGUCCGACCAGCAGUUACAAUCACGAGGAACCGACGGUCAAAUCCAGUUGUCGGAGAACACAUCAAGUCCAACGGAAGCAAGCUCGAACGCUGAUGGCGCAGACCCGCUGUUAAGCUGCUUGUGGGAGGACAACACGUCACUGCUGGAUGAGCUGUGGCAGUUUCCCAGCAACGAGGACGUGGAUUACGGCAGCGUCGCCGGGCCAGUAUGGCCGUGGGACGAAGGGAGCUGCGAGUGGCUGCUCGAUGACCAGGCGCUUGGGUAGGAGAUGUGCAAGUGGCUUGGCAAUUGCAGGUAGACAAAAGCAAAACCGAGUUCUCCGCGUAGUGUACAAGUGUAGAUUGCUCCUAAUAAGCUUGGUUAGGGAAGCAAGCUUGGAUCCCUUGUUCCUGCAAAGUGGAAGCUGGAUCACAACGAAGCUACUCUUCUCCUCCUCCCUCUGUGUGUGUGUCCGGGUAGAAAGUCAUGUACAGUUAGUUCUCCGGAGAACUUUGUCGUCGUCCAGAUUGAUCCCGUGAUGUACAAGACUGCGCACAUCAAAGGUGUACAUUUAGCUUAGCAUUCAACGUGGAUGGACGAAAUCUAUGGAUC